GCACACGCAAGUUUGCAGUUGGUCGUGCAUAAUUUACUCUAUCGCGUAUGCCCUAAGCGGUGAGCGAGCUCCCACCCCGUGACACGCCCGUAGCACGGGUUGCAGUCGGCGCAAUGCUCACCCACUGGCUCCGCCUGUCCCUUCCGCGCGCGCCACUGCUACCGCCACUCGCGGCUGACCGCUUCGCGCCUGCGCGCGCCGAGGCAGGAAGCGGGGAGCGAGCGGAAGGUGGGGGGAAGAGAGGCGGCGGGAAUGGGGGGAGCGGGGAAGGCGCGCCGCCGUUUGAGUCCAAUCAGCGGUCGGCGCGAGCGUAUGGGGGGGAAAAGGGCCCCGGGAGAACGAGCCGGAGUGGCGGAAGGGAGCGGAGGAAGGCUGCGGCGGAGGAAGCGGAGAGCGCUGGCGGGGCCGUGGCGGAUUCAGUUCGGCGGAACGCGCAGCUGACGGCGGAGGCGCUGCGCAGCAAGAGCCGCCGCGCGAAGAGAUGGCUCGGACAGCACUACAUGCUGCAUGAUGACAUCAGCAGGGCCACGGUGGCAGCAGCGGCCAUCCAGCGGGGCGACCUAGUGCUGGAGGUGGGGCCGGGCACCGGGGCGCUCACGGCGGCGCUGGUGGAGGCGGGGGCGCACGUGAUAGCGGUGGAGAAGGACCCUGACAUGGUGCAGCUGGUGCGCGAGAGAUUCGCCCACUGCCCGCAAGUAGAGGUGGUGCACGCGGACAUCCUCAAGUGGCCCGUGCAGGCACACCUCGCCAUGCGCCUGCACCACCCACUGCGAGGGGCGGAUGGGGCUGCGGCGGAGGGCCGUGGGGCAGGCGCGCGUGGGGGGGCAGCAGAAGGCGCGCGUGGGACGGACGGGCAGGCGGGAGAGGCAGCGCUGCCCCUCACUGCUGGUGACCGGUUGCCCGCUGCCCCCGCGCCUGGCGUGGCUGGCAACAGAAGCAGGGAGUCGCUGGGUGUCAGCAGCAGCGGCCAACGCGCCAAGGUGGUGACAAACCUGCCCUUCAACAUCACCACGGACUUCCUCCGCCUCUUCCUCCCCCUCGGCCACCUCGUCGCCACCGUCGUCUGCAUGCUGCAGGAUGAGGCGGCACAGCGCCUCGUGGAUGCCUCGCCUGCACCCUCGCAGUACCGACCAAUGAGUGUCUUUGUCACCUACUAUGCAGACCCCACCUACCAAUUCUUUGUCAGCCGCCGCAGCUUCCUGCCUCCACCCAAUGUCGAUGCAGCCGUGGUGUCUUUCGCUCUGAAGCCACCAAUGGCACGAGUCCACGUGGCAUCACCCUCUGAGUUCUUCAACAUGGUGAACAUGGCCUUCCAGGCGAAGCGCAAGAUGCUGCGGUCAUCCCUGCAGCCCGAGUACUCCUCGGAGCGCGUCUCCGCUGCCCUUGAGGCGCUCACGCUGCCCGCCACUGCUCGCCCAGAGGAGCUGUCCUUUCAACAGUUUGUCCUCCUUUUUGGCAAGAUUCACGAUCAAUAGUUUGUGCUUAGCAGGGCGUGUCCUAUGCGUAUGUCCGAUUGUGAUUAGGUGAGGCGAUUUCGGGGUCAGAAGGAUCAAAUGUUAAUCCACAGCGGUUGGGUAAGGCAUUGAGCGGAAACGAAUGCUUAGGACACUCCCUUAGAAUAGAUAAACAAUCACCAGGUAGAAUGUAUGCUAUGAGUUUGGUGUAGACAAUAUGGGUUUCGGGUUGAUUCCGGCAAUCCCAAUAUCACGAAGCCUUCGCCGUGGUCGUCGCAGGGGUUUCGUGUGCGGUUCGUGCAAGGGGUUCUGUUUUCCCCCCCUGACAGGGGACCGCUGGGGACGACGUCUGCAGGGCCCAAAAUUGGUUUUAG